CCACGGCGCGAGCGGUACUCGCAUUUUAGUAACGUGCCGAUCGAGAUCGCCCGCUUUCACCGGUCCGCUCGAAAAGGAAAAACAAACCGCUCUUUACGGAAUUGGCAUACAUUUGGCAUACUAAAUAGUGACUGCGAGCAAAAUGUCGGGCGAUGUGCAGCCGCGAAAGCGAAAGGAUAAGCGCCGGAAACGCGAUGACGACGAAUCUUCGCACGGCGUUCACAUUACAAAGAUGGGAAACGAAGAUCUCCACCUGCACGUGCACCACGAUCACGGAACCGGGGGUCAUUGGUGCGCCAAGAUCAUAUUCUUCGCUCUGAUGGCCGUACUUUUAGGUUUGGUGGGUCUGAUCAUCAUGGAGAACCGGGGACUGGAAGACCUCGACACUCCUCUGUCGGAAUCGCGAUUCUCCAAAGUUUUUGAUGGUUGGGUGGACGAACACCGGGAUGAGCACGAAGGCCACGACGUGCAGGAACCCUCUGGGGAAGCUCUGGACGAUCAUGAUGAUCACGACGAGCACGAUGAUGAUGAACAUGAUGAACACGACGAGGAGGAAGAAGAAGAACCUCUUACGGAAGAAUUAGAGGAGGAGGAGGAAGAAUUGGAAGAGGAGGAAGAACCUGAGGCUGAACAAGAGGAGGAAGACGAGGAUGAGGAGAACAAUGCAGGCGAAAACAUAACCGCUGAAGAUGCAGAGGAGGAUGAAGAUGAGGAUAAGGAGGAGGAAGGCACUGUGGAGGCCACCGUAGAAGCCACCACAGAAGCCACUGCGGAAUAUGAAGCUGAAGAUGAGGAAGAGGAUGAACCUGCGGCUGAUGAUGAUGCAGUGGAAUCCACUGAAGCCCCACCAUCAGAAGCUGAUGAGCAGGAAGAGGAAGACGAGGACGAGGAGGAGCAAGAGGUCGAGGAGUCUGUUGAACCGCCAAGAUCACAAUCUGCAGCCCAAAGUGCUCCUGCCAGAGAUGAUAACGAUGAUGAUGAUGAACAGGAACCAGACAACAACGAUGCCGAUGACGAAGAAGAUGAUGACUUUGAGUCCCUUGAUCAGCAGUUUGAAAAUGAUCCUGAGGAGCUACAGCCAAAGGAAGCAGUAGAUAGCCAGGAGAAGGAGCAGAACCAGGACGGUGAAGAGGAGCCCAAAGAAGAGGGUUCCUCUUGGUUGGCAUCACUUGCCGUUAAAUUUGGCGUUGGCGUUGCACUUGCCUUAGUUUCACGCCUUGUAUUGAUAAGGAAAAGUCCAAAUACAAACGAGGAUGAGCCCGCGCCUGAAACUAUAAUGAGGCGGAGACUGACGAUUGCCACGGCCGAGGAUCACAUACCCGACGAUGUGGAGGAGUUGCCCCUGCUAGAUGAUGAAUACUCCGAGGAGGAAAUCGAGAUCGAAGAAGAGAUCGAGGUGGAGAUCAGCGACAUUGAGGAGGAGGAGGAGCAGACGCGCCACGACAGCGACGACAAUGUGGCCUCAAUGGCGAGCUACGUGCCCGAAACCUUUGAGCAACUGAGCUCCAUGUACAAGUUUGCCAAGGAACCACCAGCGAAGGAAACGAAAACCGAAGAGAAGAAGGAAAAGGAAAAGGAGAGGGAACAGGAAAAGGAGCCGGAGCAGUCGGCCGGCGCCAGCGGAAUCUAUGUGGAGUACGAGGACGGAGCCAUGGACGAUUACGAGCAUGAGGUGGAUAGCGAUGAAGAGAUCACCGACGAGGAGGACGAGAUCUCCGACGUGGACGAUGCCGAUCUGAUGAGCCGGCUGGAGGCCAAGUACGGCCGUCUGCCCGUCAAGGAGUUCGAGAGCGAUCCGGACUCCGACGAUCCCAGCUGGACACAAAUAAAGCCCAAAGAGGCUGCUCCAGCAGAGAAAGUUGAUCCCUUCGAGGAGGAGCUGCGCAAGGCCAACGAGGAGAUGAUUAGGGAGAACUAUGCCCAAGCCCUGCGAUCCUUUAACACGCUCACCACCCAAUUCGCCCACGAGCCAUUGGCCCAUUUGGGAAAAGCGCGAGCUUUGGAGCUGCUGGCCAAAAAGGAGCGCAGCAACAAGCGUUUGUUGGAUGCCAUCGAAGCCCACAAAAGAUACUUGGCCUUUGGCGAGCUGGUGGCCAGUGAUCAGGAAUUCAAGUCCGCCGGCGAAAGCUGCAUUGAGAACUUGAGAUUUUUGGGCCUCCACAAUCAGGCGACGACCAUUCACGAGCUACUCAUCGAGCGUUUUCCGAAGGAACCGCGACUGCGUAACCAACUCUCACUCACCUAUCUCAUGGUCAACAAUCUUCAGCAGGUGGAAAAGGUGGCGGCGGAGACCCUGAAGCUCUGGCCUACAAAUGCAGUGGCGCAACUUCAUUAUGGGCUGGCUAUGAAGCAACUUCAUGGUGAUUACCAGAAAGCCCUGCCGUAUCUCAAAUAUGCUGUGGAGUCCCAGGAGGAGGGAACCCAGGAGGCUUUCUUCUACUUAUCCCUUGGCGAAACACUGCAACGUUUGUCCAGGCAAUCGGAUGCCCUAGAUGUGUAUAGAAAAGGUGUCGAAAAAGGAUAUUUUGAGAGCCUCUAUCAGAGGUCGCUGUAUAAUGAACCCAAGCUCAAAGGCCAUCCCUUCUGGCAGCCCAAGGAAACGGGCUAUGAACGACAACUGGAAAAACUGCAGCUCAAUUGGCGCGCAAUCCGGGAUGAGGGACUAGCCCUGCUGGGAAGGAGUGGAUUCUUCAAGGAUGAAGCGGAGCUACUGCGCGACAAAGGCGUCUGGCAGCAGUACGAGCUGUAUGCCCAAGGUCGUCCAGUGAAGGACAACUGUCAGAGGACGCCAAUUACCUGCAGCUUGCUGCAGACGUUUCCCGAGUCCGCCGGCUGUCGUCGGGGCCAAGUGAAGUUCAGUGUGAUGCAGGCCAAGACGCAUGUGUGGCCGCAUUGUGGACCCACCAACUGCCGUUUAAGGGCUCACCUCACCCUGGUUGCUCCAGAGCCGGAAAAAACCUCGCUUCGAGUGGCAGAGCAAGAAAGAACCUGGCGUGAGGGAGAGCUUUUUAUCUUCGACGACAGCUUCGAGCACGAGGUGUGGCAUAAUGGAACCCUUCCCCGCCUUGUGCUCAUUGUGGAUAUGUGGCAUCCGCAACUUACGGCCGCCCAGCGCCGCAAUUUAUCACCCAUUUGAUCUGGAGUUACUUAGUUCUAUAAAUAGUUCCGGUUCUUAGGCCUGUAAUUUAGACAAAUUUCUCCGAAAUCGCAUCGUUUAUUGUUAGUUAAAUCGCCAUGUUAUAUAGACAUUACUGUAAUUAUACCUCUUAAUCGUUAAGCUCGGCUUGGAUGCGUGUUUAGGCUAAAGAGUUGUCUAUUAAACUGUGUAUUAUAUACGAUUAGCUUUGGUUGAAAGCUUACCCUCGCUUUUGUACUUUACAGAAAUAAAAACCUUUUAGGAUUCGAUAA